AUGAAAGGUGGCUGGCGCUAUACUCUGCUGCCCAGUGAGGUAGAAGACACUGUGUCUGUGGAGGAGGGUGAGGUGGAGGAGGAGGCAGGGCGCGCUCCAGCCUCAGCCCCUGCCCCUGAAGACCUGGUGGAGCCCCAGCUGACAGAUGCCAGCCAGGUUUUGGGAACUUCAGAGAUCAGGCAGCUCAGCCUCCACCUCCCCCGGAGACUCACUGGCCAUUCCUGGAGUCUGGUCUUUUGCACAUCGAGGGAUGGCUUCAGUUUACGGAACCUGUACAGGCAGAUGGAGGGCCAUGAAGGGCCAGUCCUGCUGGUGCUGAGGGACCAGGAUGGGCAGAUGUUUGGGGCCUUCUCCUCCUCGGCUAUCCGAUGCAGCAAAGGCUUCUAUGGUACUGGCGAGACAUUCCUCUUCUCCUUCUCCCCAGAGCUGAAGGUCUUUAAAUGGACUGGAAAUAACUCUUUCUUUGUGAAAGGAGACUUGGACUCGCUGGUGAUGGGUAGUAGCAGUGGCCAGUUUGGUCUGUGGAUGGAUGGAGACUUGUACCACGGUGGCAGCCACCCCUGUGCGACCUUCAACAAUGAGGUACUGGCCCAUCAGGAGCAGUUCUGCAUCCAGGAGCUGGAGGCCUGGGUUUUGAGCUGA